AUGUGUUACCGGAACACUAGUCCAACCUUUUUCCUUCCGACCUCCAUUGCUUUCUCCCUUGCAAUGGCAUCCGGAUUAGUAAGGUUGCUGCUGCGGGGACCUCGCUGCCUCCUGGUACCAGCCUCCCCCGCUCUCGCUCCGCCAGUUCGGGGAACGAAGAAGCAAGCCCGCGCAGCCUUCCGCUUUCAGAAGGAGUUAGAGCGGCGGCGCCUGCUCCGGUGCCCGCCGCCGCCCGUACGCCGUUCAGAUAAGCCCAACUGGGAUUACCAUGCUGAAAUACAAGCAUUUGGACAUCGGUUACAGGAAACCUUUUCCUUAGAUCUUCUCAAAACUGCAUUUGUUAAUAGCUGCUAUAUUAAAAGUGAGGAGGCCAAACGCCAAAAACUUGGAAUAGAGAAAGAAGCUGUUCUUCUGAAUCUUAAAGAUAAUCAAGAACUAUCUGAACAAGGGACAUCUUUUUCACAAACAUGCCUCACACGGUUUUUUGAGGAUGCAUACCCAAACUUGCCCUCUGAAGGCGUUCAAAGUCUUGUUGACUUUCUCACUGGUGAGGAAAUCGUGUGUCAUGUGGCUAGAAACUUGGCUGUGGAGCAGUUGACGCUGAGUGCGGAAUUCCCAGUACCCCCGACUGUAUUACGGCAGACUUUCUUUGCAGUAAUCGGAGCCCUGCUGCAGAGCAGCGGACCUGCGAGGACUGCACUGUUCAUCAGGGAUUUCUUAAUUACUCAAAUGACUGGAAAAGACCUCUUUGAGAUUUGGGAGAUAGUAAAUCCCAUGGGGCUACUGGUAGAAGAACUGAAGAAAAGGAACAUUCCGCCUCCUGAAUCCAGACUUACGAGGCAGUCUGGAAGCACCACAGCUUUGCCUGUUUAUUUUGUUGGCUUAUACUGUGAUAAAAAGUUAAUUGCAGAAGGACCUGGGGAGACGGUACUGGUUGCAGAAGAAGAGGCUGCUCGAGUGGCACUUAGGAAACUCUAUGGAGUCACCGAGAACAGGCAGCCCUGGGACUACUCCAAGCCCAGGGAGAAUUUAAGAGCAGAAAAGACGGUAGCUGCCAGCUAGCCGGCCAGAGAUGCGGGAACCUGAAAUCCGUCAGGAAAACAGUGAGUCAGAUGUCACAGAUGUUCAAAGCUGGACAUUUUUCAAAUUGUAAAGAAAUGUAUCUUAUUCCUCAUACUGAGUUCCUAAAAUUAAACAAGGAUUCAUUAGGUCAUUUUUUGUUUUCUUUUUUAAAUCAUUUUUGUUUUGUCAGAAGUCUUUUUUUGAUCUUCUCCCAAUAAAUAAUUCCUAGAGCCCUUGAUUUUAUUAUUGUAGAUAACGUACAGUUAGGUAUAUUUUAUUCCCUGCUAGCUUUGAGGCAUCAUAAUUGGAAUAUAUGUUUUAUGUGAACUUGCUGUAAUACCAAUAAAAAAGUACUGUUUCUCUAAU